AUGUUGGAAAGCCGAGAUGGGGCUCUUACCUCGCAGCAAAUCAUAUAUGGGCGUGCUCUCCUUCUAUCGUUUUUGCUAACAGGAUCUAUUCUCACUAGUUACGCGAUAUUUAACAAGCAUCUCCGGCAAUAUUCCAGGGCGACCGAGAUUCCAUCUAGCAGUUUCAGGAAGAAGUGGCUCUAUGGGAAAGUCACAUCGGUGGGUGACGGUGAUAAUUUCCACUUUUUCCAUACUCCUGGUGGUCUCCGGGGCGGAUGGGGCUGGCUAAGAAGAGAGCCCCAACUGGAUAAAACUGAUGCCGGGCAUAAAUCUCUUCCAAGCAGGCUAUUCGCAUCACUCGCAAGACGGCAUAUGAGUGAACCAGAGAAAUUCCGUUCUUUGCAAGUGAGCUAUAAGGGUAAAAGAAACUUGCCCACCAUAUCGAUCCGCUUGUGUGGAGUUGACGCGCCUGAGAGAGCUCACUUCGGUAAUCCCGCCCAGCCUUUUAGCGAGGAGGCCCUGAUUUGGCUUCGCCAUACGAUUCUUGGCCGCCAUGUGUGGGUCAAACCUUUGGCUAUUGACCAGUAUGGCAGGUGUGUCGCCAAAGUUGAAUAUCUCACAUGGACGGGUUGGAGAAAUCUUAGUCUGGACAUGGUCAAAAACGGUUUGGCGGUUGUAUAUGAGGGCAAAACAGGGGCCGAAUUCGACACAGAGGAGGACAUAUAUGUCUUCCAUCAAACAAUUGCUCAACAACGUCGCGUAGGACUGUGGAGCCUAAAGAAAAUGGAGACUCCCGGCGCAUACAAAAAGAGGAUGGGUUGA